UUCAAAGACUUGACAUCACUAGCUCUUGACUGAUAAAUCCAGCAAUCUUUUAGUUCAUAACUGACGACUCUUUCUUGGAUUUCACUUUAUAUACUCUUGUGCUAUUUUACAAGUCGCUUCUUGCAGUGUUAAAAGUUAUCUCUUUCCACCUUUGCUCUAUUAAAGUGCCAACCUAUACUAAUCGUCAUUUUCCCUAUUACAGGAGUGUCUUGUUUCUAUUUUCGUUUCGCAAAAUUUGCAGGUGACGACCUAUGGCUACCAGAUGGGCACCGAGAUCGAGAGGCGGGAAACGCAACAGUUCGUCAGCCUUUGGAGAGUGGGAUUAUGCAGGGCGUGGCACGGGAAAACGGUGUAAGGCUGAGUUUUGGAGCAAGGGAGUCAGCGGGAAGCAGAACAAGACUUUUGUCGAUGGUUCCACUCGAGAUCGUUCGGUCGCCUACAUCUUCGCAGACAGUCAGCUGAGACCUGUGGUGCAAGGCGAUGUAGAGCUGCCGCAAGGCCCGAUCCAAAUGAUCAUCAACAGCACACCAGGGGGCACUUGCCAUCAUGUUGAGAAGGAGCUCCUGGACUUCAGUUGGAGGCGGAAACCUGACAUCGUGGUGGUUGCCGCAGGGACCAACAAUAUCGGCUUUGGCUUGGAAUCCCUUGACGUUGCUUGCAAGCAGAUCCGAAGUCUUCUAAGAUCCGCUCUUUGUAUGACACCACAGGUAUAUAAUUCACCGCUAUGCUAUUGA